AUGGCUCUUAAAGGAGCCAACAUACCAACUGUGAGGGACGGUGCCGUCCUUCCAACACAUAGGAGGCUUUCCUGUACUGAGUGCGGGAAGUGUUUCAAUUUUAAAAGUUCUCUUGAUCUGCAUAUAAAAUCUCACACAGGUGAGAAGCCGUAUUCCUGUCCUGAGUGCGGGAAAUGUUUUUCACAGAAGUCCAAUCUUUACAGACAUCAGAGAUCUCACACAGGGGAGAAGCCGUACUCCUGUCCUGAGUGCGGGAAAUGUUUUUCACAUAAGUCUGAUCUUUACACACAUCAGAGAUCUCACACAGGGGAGAAGCCGUACUCCUGUCCUGAGUGUGGAAAGUGUUUUUCACAUAAGUCUGAUCUUUACACACAUCAGAGAUCUCACACGGGGGAGAAGCCGUAUUCCUGUCCUAAGUGUGGGAAAUGUUUUUCACAGAAGUCCAAUCUUUACACACAUCAGAGAUCUCACACAGGGAAGAAGCCGUACUCCUGUCCUGAGUGCGGGAAGUGUUUUUCAAGGAAGUCCAUUCUUUACACACAUCAGAGAUCUCACACAGGGGAGAAGCCGUAUUCCUGUCCUAAGUGUGGGAAAUGUUUUUCACAGAAGUCCAAUCUUUACACACAUCAGAGAUCUCACACAGGGAAGAAGCCGUACUCCUGUCCUGAGUGCGGGAAGUGUUUUUCAAGGAAGUCCAAUCUUUACACACAUCAGAGAUCUCACACAGGGGAGAAGCCAUAG